AGCUCAUGAUUAAUUGCACUAACAUCCUUUAUCUGGUAUAUUAACAAGACUCACGGCAAAACCAUAAGGCCGCUUCAAACAUCCAAACAACAAAUUUGUCGACGUGUCAUGAUGAUGGGUAAUUUUUGGCUUCGAGAAGCGUCAAUGUGUUUAGUACUAUUAACUCUUACUGGCGCUUUAUGGAAUCUUCCAUUCGUCAAAGGUGAAACAUGCAAUACACAUCUCAAUAUCAGACCCGUUGUGGAUAUAUCUUCAAGUCCAGAAAACAACAGAUUACCCAUUGGUGUCUCUAUUACCCUGACUUGUACAGCGGAGCCCAGAACAAUAGAUAGAGGAUAUCACGAUAGAUGGGUUAAUUAUAUCGAGUGGUACGAUCCACAGAAUAAGGAAACUGGAGCUAAGUGCCUGCAGCCUUCAAACAGACGUGCACACAAACUUAAAUUAAGCUGUCCAUUAGUGCUCAAAAAUCUGACAGUUGAUAAAUUUGGCCGCUACACCUGCCAAGCUGGCAAUAAUUACAGAAACCACUGCACAAGGAAAUCAUUUGAAAUAGUUAUUCAAGAUGCCCAGAAACCUGAGAUCGUUGAAGGUCCAAAGAACCAAAGUGUCCUGAUCGGUUCCAAUGCUUCCUUAAGCUGCACCGCUAGGGGUCUCCCAAGGCCAACAAUCCACUGGAUAAAGGACAAUGCUUCAUAUCCUUUACAGUCUAACCCCAGAGCACGUGUCAUUCCGGACGGUCGAGCGAAUCGCAGCCAGCUUUUAAUAACGAGAGUAGAGAUGGAAGACUAUGGAAAAUAUCAAUGCAUUGCUAAUAGCAGCAUUGGAAGAAGUCAAUCAGGAGUGGCUGUGUUAAAAAAAGUAACUCCUACUCACACCCCCGUGAACAGAAAGCCAGAAAAUUCAGCAUCUCAGACAACUAUAGUCGCUGUAUCAUGCACUUUGGUAGCUGCAGUUAUUUGUGUAGUCACUGGGUUUGUGUGGAAUCGGCGUAAAAAUCGUGAUAAGGAGGGACGAAAACGUGCAACAAAGUUGUAUCUGAAAGAAGGCCAAAAGUUGAAAAAUGGGGUACAGAACCUUGAAAACAAUCGGUCGCCCAAUAGCCAAACCAUCGAAAUCCCCGCGGAAAGACUCCCGUUAGUGGGGGAUGGAGUUGGAGACAGACUGCCUCCAGACGGAAGCGAGUGGGAUGAUUUGGUGCAAGGAAUGAAAGAAAGAAGUCAAGAGAGAUUAGAGUCGAGUGAGGGAAUUGCUGGUGGUGACAUUUCCACAACUGAUAAACACCUGGGUGUCGACGAACAGCGGGAUUGUGGAGAGAUAUCUCAAGAGACCGAGGAAGGUUCCAUAAACUUGGAAAAUCUUGAAGUGUUCGAUGAAAUACUCGGAGAAGGCGAAUUUGGAAUCGUCUAUAAAGGUCGCUAUAGUGGGAAAGACGGAAACAUAACGGAUGUAGCUGUGAAGAAGCUAAAAGACCCUAGUGCCAUUGCCAAAGAAACCCUGCUUAAUGAGAUAAGGACCUUAAAGCAAGCUGGGAAACAUCCAAAUAUUGUCACUUUGAUUGGCACGCGGAUAGAAGGAGGAAACGUUCUUGUGGUCACUGAAUUAAUUCAUGGUGGCAGUCUGGAAAAUCUUUUGAGGGCGCCAGGGGAAAGGAACAAUUAUCAUAACGUCUGCUGUAAGCUGAAUGACCGGCAACUGGUCACAAUUGCAUUUCAGAUCGCCAUGGGAAUGCAGCACUUAGAGGAGAGAAAGUUUGUCCAUCGCGACCUAGCAGCAAGGAAUAUUUUAGUUGAUACCAACUUAGUGGCUAAAGUUGGAGACUUUGGAUUAGCCAGGGACAUAUCCGCUGCUGGUAUAUACACCAUAACCUCCAGCGGCAAGGUUCCGUGGAGAUGGUCGUCGUUAGAAUCUCUACGAGAUCUGCAUUUUACAUCCAUGAGUGAUGUGUGGUCAUUUGGUAUAGUUCUAUGGGAAAUCGCCACUUAUGGUGAGUUGCCAUACCCUGACAUCACAUCACCAAUUGCCUUAGUAACUCGACUUGCUUCGGGAUACCGGAUGCCUCGUCCCGAUCGAUGUUCAGAAGAACUAUAUGAACUCAUGAGUUCUUGUUGGAAAGAAAAUCCUUUGAUGAGACCAGCCUUUUCGAGGAUCGCUCAACAGCUGAAGAAUUUUUUGCGAGAAGUGAAGAGGACAUAUACAAAUAUCACAGAGGUCAACAAUGGAGAAGCUUGAUGACACCCUGACGCUGAAGCAAACACCUCAUUUUAUUUGAAUGAUAGUAAGAAGAUAACCACGAGAUCUCAAAUAAGCGCAUAAACCCAAAAAUUUAGAAUCAGUUUUAUUUUCCUUUGUAGAGGAAAGUACUCCUCACAAUAGAUACUGCAAAUCGUAGCAGAGAAUAAAACGGUGCAUCCUGUAUUACUUACGAUGCUGAAGUGGCUAAGAAAAAUCAUCGCUAUCGCGUAAAUAGACUAGAUUAACGUGGAUUGCAUUAACUCUGAAAAAAUCUAAGCACGUAUCUGAUUUAGCUUAAAACAGGUCCUCCUUAUUAGUGUUACCGCGCGAGUGCUUUCUUCGCUCGCUGGCAGACUACUCUUCUUCCGUGCUCUAGCCGCUUCCAGCUUGUUUUACAACAGAAUAGAACACAGUCCAGCCUCCUUUAUUUGUUAAAUAAAAGAUGGACCUUUUGAAAGAUAAUGACUUUCGAAGUUGCUCGCGUACUUUCCUUUGUACGAAAAAGCACUCGCACCGAAGCACUUAUAAAGACGACCAGCGCAAAGUUUAAUCGGUCAAAGUAGUGACAUAUCUUGUGGGAAAGGCUUACUCAGGCUUACUGCGAUGCAACAUAAUUAACUGCACCUCGACAAUCAUUAAUCAUCACUGGAGGGCGGACCACUACUGCAACAACCAAAGUAUACGAUAAAUGUUUAGAGCUUGUGGUGUUUUCUUUCCUUUCACAAAAAACAGAUUGCGUAUGUUAGUUCUAUUGCCAUUUUGUUGCUUCUUAGUUUUUUUUUUCAAAUUUUUUGUUGAUUUUUUGUCUC